GAACCAUCCAAACGAUUCUCACGAAUUCAUUCAAACACUUCUUCGAUCUUGGCUCACAAAACGCUGCUAAUCAUGGACAUAAGAAACCAUAGGUACCGUAGUGAUGUUCUUUGUGAACUUAACACCAUGAGGGAGCGGGCAGAGCUGACUGACGUUGUUCUGGAGGUGGAAGGGAGAAGUUUCCCCUGCCAUCGUGCUGUCCUGGCAUCGUGCAGUCCCUACUUCCGUAGCAUGUUCACCACAGGCUAUGCAGAGGCCAAACAGGAAAGGGUCACUAUUCAGGAAAUGAGCAAGGUAGCCAUGGCAACCCUUCUGGACUACGCCUACACUGGACGCCUUAAGAUGGAGCCAGACCAGGUCCAGGCUGUGAUGUCUGCAGCCAAACUGUUGCAGAUUGCUUUUGUAGAUCGUAGGGCAGCAGAGUACAUGAAGGACCAUCUGGACGUGUCCAACUGUGCAGAUGUGAUGAUGUAUGCUGACAUGCUGGGGGACGUCGGCCUACAGGAGGCCAGUGGGAAGUACAUUGCAUUCAGGUUCAACCAGGUGGUGCUAGAACCAGCCUUUCUCCAGGUGCCACUUCUCCUGCUACAGUCACUGCUCAAUAGGGAAGAUUUAAUUACAGACUCAGAAGACAACAUUGUGCAAGCUGCUCUAAGAUGGGUUGAGUUUGACAAAGAAAAACGCUUGCAGCACCUUCCUGCUCUGUGCAGAUGCUUCCGUCAAUCCUUCAUCAGCUCAAACCAACUUGUGGAACUUGAGAGUAAGUGCCUGCCAACAGACUGCAAGUUGGCUUACAGUGACAUCACAACCCUGCGUCAGGGACAGACACGAACUGAAAUGCAGAUUUUCCCAAGACUAUUAAAAGAAGGUUAUAGUAUCUCGGAUCAGGAUUUCCACCGGGUCGCUCCUUGCUAUGACCCAUCCACAGGUAGACUGCACACAAUGGAUAUUCCUGAGCACCUAGAGAGCAUCUCUGUGACAGCCACUCCUGAUGAUGAGCUGUACCUGGCAGGGUACAUCUGCAGAGGGGUUAGUCAGUACAGCAGACAGACUACAUUUUACCAGUAUAACCACCUGACAAACACCUGGGAACCAAGGUGUGAGAUGAUUUCACCUAGAGCCAGGUGUAGUCUUGUGUAUCUGAAGGGCUACAUCUAUGCCAUUGGUGGUGAUGAAACUAAGGAAACAGUGGAGAGGUAUGACCCAAGUUGUGAUGAGUGGACCUCCGUACCAGCCAUCCCUCAGUCCAUGUCCUCAGAAAUCUGUGCAGUGACUCUUGAUGACAGCAUCUAUGUCAUUAGUAAGGAAGGCUGCUACUGCUUCAGUACCACAGAGAACAAGUGGAGCAAGAUAGCCGACAUGCUUAAACCACCACUGCGUCCUCAGGCCAUCACGUAUCAAGGGAGCAUCUAUUGUGUAGACUCCAACGACGAAAGUGGUGUAGAAGUGUACAACCCUUCAAAUGGUGAGUGGAAGUUGUCCGAGACUACGACUUUUUACUUCGACAUGGCAAUGCUGAUGGAAUAUGGAGAGACUAUGUACCUCCUCACUAUAUAUAGACAUCACAAUCAUCAAGAGCAAUGGAUCUCGCCUACCAUUUACCAGUACCAGCCAGAGACAGAUCAUUGGCAGGAUCUGGAAGUUGAGGCCCUGCUUAUUCCCCCCUUGGAAGAAUGGUUGGAUUCUAGGAGUAGGACGGAUUGCUUGACAACAAGGAUGAUUCCAAUGUGCCUUGGAGAUCCAGAUGCAUACGAUGAACUGGAUAUACUGAGCAGUUCCUCAGAGUCAUCUGGAAGCGGAAUCUCAGAUGACAGUGAUAGUGUGGGUGGCUUAUCAGAUGAAGGGUGACUGAUGACGGUAGCA